AUGCCCUACCAUUUAUCAAAUCUGAAAAAAGAGUACAACCUUGCUGAAAUGGUUUCAAAUAAUCCUACUAUAAUAAAGCCAAGUCCGGUUACUUUUCCAUUAAGCCAAUACAUUGCUACAAAUAUACUACCAACACCAAAGCCAAGGGGCUUCAAAAACGUGGUUGCCAUGGUGGAUUCAAAUAUAAUUACAACAGCCAGUAUAGGCGUAGAUGCUAUUAGAGAAAGGUUUUAUAAACCGGACCGAAGAAUUUCACAUGUGACUAUGGACAAAUCACCACCAGCGAAAAAGUUGGGGGCAAAAAUUCCUAAUAAACCGGACUUGGGCAUUUCACAUUUAACAUUAGAAAAUUCACAAUUGGUGAAAAGGUCGGUUACAAAAAUAAUUGAUAAACCACCGGAUGUACACAAAACAACACCAAAUGAGAAAAAAGAGCUGACAAUAUUAUUGUUGGGAGAGACAGGUGUGGGAAAGUCUACAUUCAUUAACGCUAUCGUUAAUUACAUGUCUUAUGAGAGUAUUGAUGCGGCCAUUGAUGGACAGCCCAUAUGUUUAAUACCCGUAAGCUUUACGAUGGCAGACACAAAAACUGGAGAAGAUAUCAUGGUAACAUUUGGUGACCAAGAUAUUAAUGAGAACACUGAGGACUCGACUAAAUCUGCCACACGAUAUCCUAAAUGUUAUAAGUUUCAAAACAAUAGCAUUGUGCUCAAUAUAAUCAAUACGCCGGGAAUUGCGGACACGGAUGGUGUGGACAAAGAUGAAAAAAAUUUGCAGAAUAUUUGGGAUUUUAUUAGUAAUUAUCCGGAAAUCAAUGCCUUUUGUGUGCUUUUAAAGCCAAACCAAACGAGAAUUAGCCCAGCGUUCAAGUAUUGUUUGCUACAAUUGUUCACUCGUUUGAAUAAAAGCGCCGCAAAUAAUAUACUAUUUCUGUUCACAAAUUCUCGGAGCACUCUCUACAGUGUUGGCGAUACGAGCCCUGUCUUAAAGGCUAUUUUAGGGCAAAUCAGAGAAACUCAUCCAAAUGUUGACAUCCCUUAUAAUAGAAAUACAAUCUAUUGUUUCGAUUCCGAGUCCUUUCGAUAUCUCGUGGCUUCGGUUCCGCCAAAUAAUAUACAGUUUGACCCGAAAUAUAUGGCCUGUUAUGUUGACAGUUGGAACGUGUCUGUGGAUGAAUGUCGUCGAUUAUUUGAGCACAUAAUGGAAAUGCCGGCACACAAAGUGAUGGACACCUUAUCACUGAAUAACGCCAAACAAAUCAUACAAUUAUUAACCAAACCGUUGGCCGACAUCACGAAGAAUAUCGCGGAUAACGUUAAACAAUGCGAAAAACAUAAGGUAGAGAUAAAUCAUUUUACGGGUAAUAUUGAAGCCCUGCGGAACAGUCUCUACAUGAAUAAAAUCCAGAUUAAAUCCGUGCCAUUAAACUACACAAAGACUGUGUGCAGUGACAGUCGAUGUUGCGAACAUACGGUAGUCGAUGGCGUGACCCAGACUAAUUACAAAACCGCUUGCCAUUCACCAUGCUACCUGCAUGGUGGCGACCUAACCCGGUGUAUAGCGUUCAACCGGCACAGUACGGACGACCGGGUGCGAACCAAGGGCUUUUUUAGCGAAAUUGCCCGCAGUUUCAGAGAUUCGACGCAUGGCUCUGAUAAUUGUUUGCAUUGCGGCCACAGUUAUACACAGCACCUGCACAUCACGUACGACACUAAGCCCGAAGUGAUCAGAGUGAUUGAUCCGGGGGUCAGCGCACGCAUAAGUACCGCCCAAUCGUCCGCUGCGGCCAAACAGCAACUCAUCCGAGUUAUGGACCAACAGAUCGCCGAAUUGAACGCCGAAAGCGAGACAAUUGUGAAAUCCAUGUCAAUGUUUGCCUGUUUUCUGGCCAACAAUGCGUUGACGCCUAUGAACGACGCGUUCGAGGAUUACGUCCGACACCUGAUAGCCAACGAACGGCACAGCACUUCCGGCGCUGACUCUGUGGUCACUAUCACACGACUCGAACGAGUGUUAAAGAUAUACGAGAGUGAAAAGCAGUUGAUUAUGUCGGCGAUGAGUGGAUCGGCGGUUGGUUUCCAGGGUUCAGUUAUUACGGCCGAACAGAUAGAUGAAAAUGUGGGUAAACUGUGCAUGCUCAAACACAAAGGCCAAGACAUUCGGACCAUGUUGGACAUGCAACGUGCGGCCAAAGCUCAGAUACACGCCGCUCACAAUACGCAGCCAACCACUAGAUUUAACAUGGCGACAUUUUUACUGGGACACAAAGAAAUGGAUUAA